AACACAACAUUGAGUCACACAUGAACAGAUAUUGAGAUAGAUAUUUUAGAGAGAGAAAGAGAUUCUUCUAACGUUUCAAGUCAACUAACUCUGACAAAUUAAAUAUGAAAUGACCUUUAUACCCUUCUUGUUUUCUCUUCUGCUAUCUUAACUCUCGGCGACACCACCGCCGUCGCAAUGGAUGUUGCCACCACCAACUCCGGCGAAUCCAAUUCGAGUCCGGAGGUCCAGCUCGAAGAGAAUCGAACAGUGUCGGGUAUCAAUUCGAUGGCGAGGUACAAGCUCUUGUCUCCGGCGAAGCUUCCGAUCUCGAGGUCGCCGUGUGUCACUGUACCGCCGGGGUUUAGUCCGACGUCGUUUUUGGAGUCGCCGGUUCUUCUUUCUAACAUGAAGGUGGAACCGUCGCCGACUACAGGGUCCUUUCUUCAAGCUUUACACUGUUCUAUGGCUUCUCCUGGUUCUGCUACAUUUUCUCUAACGCCUGCAUGCUUCAAUACCGGCGCUGCUAAUGGCAGAAAAUCAAGUUUCUUUGAGUUUAAACCAAAUGAUAGAAAUAUGGUUCCUGCAGACUUCAACAACGAUGUAAGUGUAAGUGAACAAUCUACUCAAGUUCAAUCAUUUCGUUCCUCGCCAUUAAAUGAAAACGAAAUAGAAGAUCAAUCUAAUGAGUUAAGCUUACCAUCACCUGUUCGGAUGAUUAGUCCUGGCACUUGUGCUCCCGUUGAUGGCAAUUCGAGUGAACUUAACCUGAAAGGUAACGCAGCUAAUGUCCCUCAAUCCUCAAACGAUGGAUAUAAUUGGCGAAAGUAUGGACAAAAACAUGUAAAAGGGAGUGAAUUCCCGCGCAGCUACUACAAAUGUACGCACCCUAAUUGUGAGGUGAAAAAACUUUUCGAACGCUCUCAUGACGGUCAAAUCACCGAGAUUAUUUAUAAGGGGACACAUGAUCAUCCUAAACCUCAACCAAACAACCGAUACUCUGCUGGUUCUGUUAUGUCUACGCAAGGAGAGAGGUCUGAUAUUAGGGUAGACAAAACAUCCAAUAGUCCAGAGCAAUCGCCUGUGGCAACAAAUGAUCUUAGUCUAGACGGUGCUGGAUUUGCGUCGACUAGGACAAAUGACGAGGUUGAUGAUGAUGAUCCCUUCUCCAAGCGAAGAAAAAUGGAACUUGGAAAUGCUGAAAUCAUUCCUAUUGUUAAGCCUAUCCGAGAGCCGCGAGUUGUUGUACAGACUAUGAGCGAAGUUGAUAUAUUGGAUGAUGGAUACCGCUGGCGUAAAUAUGGACAGAAGGUGGUGAGGGGUAAUCCUAACCCAAGGAGUUAUUACAAAUGUACAAAUGCGGGUUGCCCUGUUAGAAAACACGUGGAGCGAGCAUCGCAUGAUCCAAAAGCUGUAAUAACAACAUACGAAGGUAAACACAAUCAUGACGUACCUGCGGCAAAGAAUAGUAGCCAUGACAUGUCAAGACACGCAGCUUCAAUUGAAAUGACAAGGAUAAAGUUGGAAGAAAGUGAUACUAUUAGUCUUAACCUUGGGAUGGGAAUCAACUCAGCAACUGAAAACAGAUCAAACGGGCGAAGGCAUAUGCUGCUUUCCGAAUUCGGGAAUAGCAGUCAAACUCAUACAAGCAAUUCCAAUUUCAAGUUUGUACAUACUACAUCGGUACCGGUAUACUAUGGUGUUCUAAAUAACAGUUCAAAUCCGCUUGGUUCUAGAGAAAAUAGAAAUGAUGGUUUACCUUUGAACCGUUCCGCGUAUCCUUGCACGCAAAACAUGGGAAGAAUACUAAUGGGGCCAUGAAGUUUGUUAUUAUACAAUGCUAAAUUUCAAAUAAAAAUUAUGAGUAGUAUUUUGUUGUUUUUUUUGGCGGGUAUAUAGCUUCACAGGUAUAAAAAAAGUCAUUUUCUGUAAGGAAA